AUGCGCCACCGCCUCUGGCUGGGCCUCGCCUGGCUGCUGCUGGCGCGGGCGCCCGGCGCCGCGGGGAACCCCAACACACAGAGAAGACCACGCAGCUACCCGCACCUGGAGGGCGACGUGCGCUGGCGGCGCCUCUUCUCCUCCACCCACUUCUUCCUGCGCGUGGACCCCAGCGGCCAGGUGCAGGGCACCCGCUGGAGCCACGACCAGGACAGUGUCAUUGAGAUCCGCUCUGUGCUCGUGGGCACUGUGGUCAUCAAGGCGGUGUACUCCGGCUUCUACGUGGCCAUGAACCGCUGGGGCCGCCUCUAUGGCUCGCGGGUCUACACUGUGGACUGCAGGUUCCGGGAGCGCAUCGAGGAGAACGGCUACAACACUUACGCCUCACUCCGCUGGCGCCACCGCGGCCGGCCCAUGUUCCUGGCGCUGGAUGGCAGGGGGUCACCCCGGAGAGGCAGCCGAACACGGCGGCACCACCUGUCCACCCACUUCCUGCCUGUGCUGCUCUCCUGAGAUCCCUUGAGCUCUGAGGGGGCCGUGGACAGACCUGGGAGGAGUGGGCAGGGCAGUGUCCGGGAGUCAGGCAGAGGCUGAGGGUGGUGGGGACCCAGCCUUCAGUUCAUUCUGGUCAUAAGCUUUAAUGGGGCACCUACUGAUGCCAGGCACUGGAGACUCAGUGGGGUCCCGCACAGGUGAGGCUGGCCCUCAGGGAACCCCCGUUCUGGAGGUAGAAUGCAGCCAGGGGGCACUUUC